ACAUAUAAUUUAUCCAGAUUAUAUUAGAGAUCAACAGUACUAUUUUAAAUGGAAAGGAGAAAGUAUCAAUACAAAUAUUAAGUCAUUUGUAAAAAGGAAAGAAGAAACUGAAUCAAUUACAUCAUGGUUUAUGCAACAUUGUAUUAAUAAAUGGUUAAAUAAAAAAAUUAUUGAAGAAACUAAAUGGAAAUGGUUGAUUCAAUCAUGGCAUGGCUCAAAAAUCACAUCUACCAAAACAGAUACAAGAGAUAGUGCAUUAAGAUCCUUCUCAUUAAAAUUGUUAAAUGAGGAACUACCUACAAUGACAACUCUACAUACAAGGAAACCUGACAUCUAUAUUAAACUGGAAUGUCCUUUUGUAGAAAUUAAAAAGAAACUAAUACACGUGUUUUCAUAUGUUUAG